AGAAACAAUUGAGAAAGCAGGUGAAUAUAUAAUUCAAAUACACCUAGCAUUUUAGCUGCUGAUUUGUGCAAUGUACAAUCACACAAUUCACAAUCCGUUUUCGUUCAAAAUGUUUUCUUGCAGAAGGCUCUGCAGUUAAGGAAAGAAAGAUUGAGAUUGGCGACAUUGAGAAAGCAGAGAGGGCAUCUCUGAUCACGCAAAUAUUCAGCUAUGUUUGUGCAUUACCGUGUUUGUGCAAUGUACGAUCACACAAGGAGAUAGAUGAGACAACCAAAGGAGAUGAACAAGCUGAUAAAAAACAGCAAGAAGAUACCAAGAGUGAGCGAAGUCUUAUGGAUGAUUUAUACUUCAAAAUAAUGAGUAAAGUGCUAGCAGCUCAGUAUAGCCAAGGAGAAAGGAAUGCUUUUCGCAUUCUUUAUAAUCAAUCUGCACGCAGUAAAAAGCUUCCACGAGAGUGGAAAUGUUUGAUGGCAUACCAUCGGCUAGUAUUUUAUAUUUUGUCUCUAAGCCCCGAUGUUGACCCAGUACAUGGAUGGCGGGUUCAACUUAUUGCAUGGAUUUUCGUAUGCUGGGAAUGGAGGCAACUCAUAACAACUAUUAUACAAGUAAGAUAAUUUCAUUACUGUGCUCAGUCAGUUAAUUUACUUAGGCUUAAAAUUUUACGAACCAGAAAUAAAAAUUCUUUGUAUUACUGACGCAGAAAUGGACAAAAGCUUGAGGUUUUAAGAAAUUGGAAAGCUGAAGAGGGGCCUUCUCUGAGAGAGAUUGUUGAGCAUUAUAUGGAUGAGAGGUGGCCAGCAGACAAGAAGAGAGCCACAAAAAAGAAGGAUGAUGCCAUUGACAGCCUCAGCAACACUGAAGAAUUCGAGAAGAAAAGUGACAACUUGCCAGAGAAAAACAUUACAACAAUUUCUAGCGAGGAAGUUCUAAGAAAGGUUUUGGAAGAGCAGGAGAAGACGAGGGAAGCUCUGAGAAAGGUUCAGGAGGAGAUGAGGGAUAUGAUCAAGAUGAUCAAGAAUAAAGUUUUUGAAGAGGAAGAAGACAAGAAAGGAGAAAGCUCUCUGCAACAGGGCACAGCAGUUAAGGAGAAUCAACCAAUAAUCAUCAAGAAAUUUUUCAUAGAGGAAGAAGACAUGGAAGGAGAAAGCUCACUGCAACAGUACACAAUGACUGAUGAGGAGGAGCGAGAAGAGUGGAAUAAGCUAAGACUUACAUUGCGCCUCUUCAAUAUUUCAAUGGAUGGCAUUCAAGCCUUCAAAAGAUUUAUGUUUAACUGCGAGCCUGGAUAUCUUCCAUGGCCACUGCCCAAAUAAGCCUACACCUCAACAAAUAUUCGUAUACAUUACGAAUUGAGGCAGGCA